CCCCACCCUUCCGCGGUCAAAGGGAAGGGAAACUCAACUGCUGCAAGUCGUUGCGCGAAAGGGCGCCAAUUAGCGUGAAUUGCGAAACGGUGGUGUUCUCUUAGAACGUCCUCGCGUUUCAGCUCGACCGGGAGUGCACGUCACCAAUCAACCAGCCCAGUCCUUUAGCACCUUUCAAGGACAUCUCACGAUCACCUGUGCACGCCACUUAGUCUGAAGUAGCCGUGCAUUUAGUUCUGCAGCACAGGAGCAACCCCCUCGCGCCCCCCACCCCUGCAGCAAACGCCAUAAUAAACCAUGCCACGAAAUCGGAAAAAACAUUCAGGCGCCGACACCUGGCAACAGAAUAACGAUUUGUCCGACGACGACACGUCAAACGACAACGCGAGCACGUACUCCUACCAGUCGGAGACGCAGUUCGGCGAAGGAGGCCAACAUAAUGGCAGCAUGGAUUCCGGUGAAUCCGGCGAAUCCGGCAGCACCGGGUUCGAGAAGUACGAGGAGAAGCUGCUGCAAGCGAUCGAAAACGCGUCCGACAAGGCGCAGCAGACACGCAUCAAUGCGUUCCAAACCAUCAACGAGGUGCUGGUGCACCACUAUAUCCCGGAGUUCCUGGACGAUCGCAAGGUGACGCUGAUGGACGCGGUAGAAAAGUCGCUGCGGCGCGGCAAGGGCGCCGAGCAGUCCUGGGCAGCCCGUAUCAUCCCGCUGCUCGUGAUCCAGCUCGAGGCACCGGAAGAUAUCACUGAGAUGGUGACCGCCCUGAAGCCGGUGCUGCUCACCACGGCUCUGGAUGGUGCGGCCGCGUACGACGCUCGAGCGAAAUGUUGCGCUGCCCUUGGGUUGCUGUGUUUCGUGGGUGUUGAUGACCUCGGCGAGAUACUGCCGCUCAUGAAGGUGCUGCAGGGAAUCUUCGCUGGCAGCUACCUGAAGGGUGACAACAGCCCGAGUGGGGCAAAUGCGGAAGCUGGCGCUCUUCACAGUGCCGCCCUGGGAGCCUGGUCUUUGCUGCUUACAUUGUUGCCUCCGAGCGACCUGGUCGAGCUGGUGGUUGGCACUGGAACCGGAGUGGUACCGUCAUUGCGCCACCUCGUCGGUAUGCUGCAAAGCCCACACUUGGACGUGCGUAUGGUCGCUGGUGAAGCACUCGCGCUGAUGUUCGAGCUUGGACGUCAGCAUGACGACGAGUUUCUCGAGGACGAGCUGCCGGAGUUGAUUGAAGCCGUCCAGAAGCUUGCAACCGAUGCACACAAGUACCGGGCGAAGCGUGACCGCAAGGUACAGCGGGCCACCUUCCGGGAUGUGCUGCACUACCUGGAAGAGGACAUCUCGCCCGAGAUUUGCAUCAAGUUUGGACGCGAACUGCUCGUGCUGAACACGUGGGCCAUUCAUCAUCAGUACACCUGCCUGCGGAACGCGCUUGGAUUCGGUAUGAACGUGCAUCUUUCGGAGAACAUGUUCGUUCGGGAGGUGCUCCAGCUGGGACCGAAGGUGGACGAACCAGAGCGCCACCGGAAGACGGUGAAAGCUGAACAGCGGUUCAUCAAUGCGGCCGCUUUUAAGGCGCGCACGAUUUCGCGCGGGAAAAACCGUGACAAGCGAUCGUUUGCGCUCAACUGAGCGGUGUCCUCAGGCUCUAUCUUCUGUUCAUGCGCAAACCAAUCAAUCCCGUAGCUAAAUGGAUUACCAUUACUUCGAUUACUCCCGUACGGCUCCAGAGAAGGCUUAUUUUGAUCGUUUCGUUACGUUAUGCUGUUUUGUUGUUGCUGCAGCGAUGCAGAGGUUACUUACUAUGGACGGAUCCCACGUCAAGGAUUCACCGGUCCAGCCGGAUCCCGGGGGGUUCCAUUGACAUCCGUCCUCUUUAUCGAAAGGCUCAGAGCCUACCCCAACUGCCUAGGACGAAAUCAGGCGGCGAUACAGGAUGUCGCCGUCAUUCUACCCGAAUUACUACUGCUGCUACUAGACGCUUUUACUAGCCCCAAAUGUACCCUUCUAUCAUCCACCUGCUGCUCCCAGCUGGACUUUACCGUCCCGCUAAGGAGGAUGCAGAUUCCUUGUUCGUCCCCAUCUCCACCAACGUGCGUUUCGCGCGACGUUAUAUAGCAAAAGAAAAAGUAAAUAACAAAAUAUUAGUAAAAUUGAAAGCACACUCGAAACGGGCGCCUCUUUCUUCUGCUCGUUUAGGUAGACGUGUUACAGUCGUUAGUUGAAGGAAACGAAAAAUGGCGAAUUUUCUGAACUGUAAAUAAAAACCAAACGCUGUCAAGCCGGAUCUGGCCACCUAAACGUUGACACCCGGUAGCGACACCGGACGUGUUUUUACAUGUGUAUGCGCUGGCGAUUGCAUCUGUAUGAAACAAAUAAAAUAACAAUAAAUAGUCACGAUUCUGUA